UGUCAGACCAUUAACUAGGGGUGAUAAAACGGUUGGCAGUUUUCGGCUAACCGUCUAACCGAACCGAAAAAAGCGGUUAGUCGGCUAACUGAUAACCGCCAUUUGUGUUCGGUUGGCGGUUUCGGUUGAAUAAAAUCCCCAUAUUCGGAAAUCGAGCGAUUAUCGGCUAUAACGAAACCGCUGGCGGUGCACCGCCUAACCGUACCACUGUCAAAAUAUGAGUCUCCUUUCCACUCCAGCAAAUCCCUAGUGCCCAUCUCUCUCCCAUGCGUCCACUGCUUUCCUUUCCCUACAUCAUUCCACUCUCUCUACCUGCAAAUCAAUUGUUCCCCCUUCCUCUCUCCCUCUCAAAUAGCAUCUAGAGAUCCACUCUCUUUCUUUUUCUUCAAAUCAAUCCUUCCUCCCAUUACCAGAUCGAUCCCAUCACCAUAUUUUCCUAUGAUUGGGCAACAAAGAGAAAGCAAGAGGGGAGAACGGGCGUUGGGCAGCAUGCAACUUUCCCUAGUUGCCCAAUCAACCUACUCCCUCUUCGUCAUUCGUCGCCCCCGUCGUCCUCAACCUCUUUCCUUCGCCGUCGUUUGUCGUCGUCCUCGAUCUCCGAUCUUCCUCCUUGUGCCUCCGGCAACGGAUUCAGAUCCAGAUCCUCCUCUCACACUCUCUCCCCUUCCUCCCCCAUCUACCUCGAUUCGCGGUGGAAUCAGCUCCGAAUUCAUGGCGGACUCAGAUCUGAUUUUCGGUGACAUGCACAUCGACGAUGGUGGUCGGAGUUGUUGUGUGUCAGUCUCAGAGCAACCGUCACUUCAAACCGAAACCGACGAUUGCAGUUGGCAGUUAACCGAUCCUCCCUUCGGUGUCGUCUUCGGUUAGGGAAUACACCCUGUUUGCCGUGUCGGCUAACCGACGGUGCGGUUUCGGUUAAACCGAAACCACACCGACUAACGGCCCUACCAUUAACCCUCUAUCCACUCACUCAGACAAAUAGGGUAAACCAGAUUUACAACCUUGCUUAAAUGUCACUUGGUCAAAUUGAAAUGUAUUGCUAUUGGUAUUCUGGGUAUCGAUUCUUGUUCCAACUUGCAAUGUGCUGAAGUUAGGAGAUGUUACCUGGUUACCAAAUUGAAAGGUUACCAGUUAAUUAAUCACAAUCCCAAUAUUUUUUUCUUUUUAUCGGGAAGAGGAAGAUAGCUCUGAUUUAGAUUGAACGAAAUGGCUCAAAUAGUACCAAGUUCAUCAGAGAUAUAAGACUAUGAACUGCAGAAUCCGCUGAUCUAGCUGUAUAAACCAAAUUUCUGCAAUGAACACCAAGCGAAACUGGUUAUCAAAUACUCAGACAAACAGCAAUUCUUUGCUCUGAUCAAUUCUUUUUUUAUUUUUUUUUUAUAAUCGCUCUGAUCAAUUCUAUUUCAAAAACUCUAAACGAAGAAAGAAAGAAACACAAGUCAAUGUAGUUCCCCGACGUCCUGAUGCAACACGAAAUAAGAAGCAUUGGAUAGCGAGGGGAACAUCUCUCUAGGGCCUCUUCUCGCCAUGGACGAUUCAUCAUUGAUCCAGUCCACAUUCAUAAUUUCAAUAAAAAGCCCAGUUCAGAAAUUCCUAAUUCACUUUUUUAAGAGAGAAAAAAAAUGAGCAAAACUGCCUUGGAACGGAGAUAGAAAUUCGACGAACUCAGUCCCUUAGAUGUUCAAAAAAACUGCGAUCAUGGCCGCAAAGUCAUUACAGGUCUGUAUUGACUCAUCAUCAUUCGUUCGACCUCCAUUCCGAUUCCAAGACUACGACAACACACAGAGCAUGAAGAAAUUGAAACGAAUGAAAUCAAAAUCGAGAAAGCAAAACAAUAAACCGCAAAACCAGAGAGAAUUUUUCAAUCCUUAGCUCGAUAACGGGGAGGUUGGAACCCUAACUCCACACGGCGAAGAUUUCAAAUUGGGGACGGCAUGGAAAGACAACUGCUAAUUUGAGCUCUGUUGAUUUGAGAUUUUUAUAGCGAGUGAGUGAGGCAGUGAACUGAAGAGGUGGCGAUGCAAACCCUACUUCUCUACAGUUCUGGGCUCCUGGCACCAGUUAUGGGCUUUUAGGGACGGGAUAAGUUUCUAGCCCAGUCAUUCUAUGGGCCUUUGUUUUUUUUACAUCUUGGUGGACCCGUCAAACAAGGCCCUAUUUCUGUCACAUUAAGUACUGACUUAUAAAUAAUUAAAUCUAGA